AUGUUAAAAAUAAAAUUAUUAGAAUUUGAAGAAAUUAAAUCAAAAAUUAAUGUUACAUUUGAAUCUUGGGUUUACAAAGUAGAUAUUAUAAUAUUAGAAGUAUCAGAUGCUAAUAUUUUAAUAAAUAGUGUAGGAAUUGUAACAAGAAAAAUAUUUUGUGAAUGUUAUAACAAAAUUCAUAGUCAAUUAGUUUCAAUAACAUCAGCAGCUAAAAAUUUGGUGUUACACGAAUUAUUUAUUAAUGUGCAUCUAAAUUUGGAGUUGUUGGAUUUUCUAAAGAUUAAUCAGAUAAACUGUUAUAUGUUAAAAUAA